AUGGAUGUCUUCUGGACACUCCCGCCGGUCUCUAGGACCAUCACAGCUGCAGCAGUCGUUGUAUCAGCUGCUGGCUAUGGCGGCAUCAUUAGCCUCUACCAUUACAUCUUCGCGAGCCACUAUGUCUUCACGACGAAGGUGUUCCCUCAGCUCUGGCGAAUCUUCACGGCGUUUCUGAUCACGAAACCGAAGUUCGGCAUUCUGCUUGAUCCAUACUUUCUAUACCAAUACGGCAGCUCCAUCGAGCGGGAGUCGUCUCGCUUCUCGCAGCCCGGCGACUUCUUCGUAUACACCAUGUUUCUCGCGAGCGUCAUUGCCGUAAGUACUUAUCUGCAAACACUCCGCGGCCACGCCCUACUAUUUCUAGCUGAAGCGGUUCCUGGAACGGAGGAAGAAUACCCUUGCACAUCAUGCGGUUCCGUCAUUCGCAAUCAAUCAAAGGGACUUGUGUGGUGUGUAGGCAUGGUGGGAUUGUCACUUGAGAAAGCUUUGCGAAUGCUCUCCAUUUCGCAAGGCGGUGUUGGCUCCCUACAUACUUUUGCGACUUCUCGCGCCUUUGCAACAGCAGGUGGCAUUCUGAACCAGUACACUUUCCUCCCCGCGCUGUCCCUCGCAUACGCCUACACGUUCGCCCAAGAUAAUCCCACGCGUUCCGUAUCCUUCUUCAUCAUCACCUUCGAAAGUAAAUACCUCCCCUUCGCCAUGCUCUUCAUGACCUUCAUCAUCGACGGUCCCGAUGCAGCUGCCGGCCAACUCACCGGUCUCAUCGCCGCUCACUUGUACGAUUUCCUGACACGCAUCUGGCCUACGUUUGGUGGUGGAACAAACUAUAUCCGCACGCCACAGAUGGUCAAGGGCUGGUUCAGUGCGAGGCCGGGCAGUGUGCAGGACAGGGGAUUCGGUCAUGUUGUCGAGGGAAGGGGCAGGACGGCUGGUGCGGCUGGAAGUGGUGCACCGCCUAGUGCAGCGAGGGCUACGGGGAAUGCUUGGGGUGGCAUGGGUCCGGGGAGGAGACUGGGAGAGUAG